GGUCUGUCACCCUGACUACUACAGAGAGCUCACACUUCAGUAGUUGGUCUACCAACUGCUGUGGCCAUCUUUGGUGUUAAGUGCCAAAAAGGGAAAAGAUAAUUUCACAUUCAUUGAAAAGUUCUCCACUCCAGGCUCCACUGUAAAGGUAUAAAUUAACAGCCACUGAAUACCUGUUCUGUUAGUUGGAGAUCUGGACCAGGAGAAGCCUUUUUUUUCCUACAUGGAAACCCUUGAGGAGAAAGCCAUGGGAGGGAUACAUCGAACCUUGCUGUGCCAAGGCCCCGUGGAACUCAGAAGAGGCUGGAGAAGGAAGAAACAACAUCUCUCCUUGUUCAGUGAUGUUUUGAUUGUAUCUAAUAACCUGUGUAAGGGGAAUUUUAAGAUGAAAUAUGUCAUCCCACUGAGUUAUCUGUGGAUGGGUGACUAUGUGGACAUAGUUGGGACAGACAACAGCUCUGCUUGCAAGUCGAUUCUCCUGUCCUGGCCCAUGGGAAAUUUUGUGGCAACCUUUCGUUCCAUGGAACAGAAAGAUUGGUGGUAUUUUUAUCUCCAAAGAUCCAUUAAUGAAGCCACAAAGGGCUACAGGAAGCAUGUUAAACUCCCGAUAUUCACCGAGGACAUCCCAAGCUGUGCCAGUCCUUUAUAUGUAACAACAACAGACUUGGAAACAGUGAAUGAUGUUAUGAAGAAGUUACUACCUACGAUAGGAAUGCCUAGUGCUCAAGAUUACCAACUGUGGUUCUGUCGUGGCCUCCAAGAAGCCCCAAGCCUACUCCAAGAGCAUGAGCAUCCCUAUGACAUCAUAAUGAGAAACAUUCAAAGUAACGUCAGUCAACGACGACGGAAAUCAAGGAAGUGCACAGCUUUUCCUGCCCUGCCUGGGCUGUAUGUGGAACAACCAGAUCUACAGGGGCGAUUCAUCCUAAAGCCCACAGACCCAGCAGGAAGCCAGAAGCAGAGCAAUACAGAGGAGCCAACAGUUAAGAGAAGACGGCCUUUCAUAUCCUGGUUGUUCCACAAGGGCUCUGUGCCCCAUGAGGACCAAGUGUGCACAGCCCCGCCAGUUGUGAAGACAGGAAAACUCUUCGGAAAAGAUCUGACUGCCAUUUGUGAGGAUGGCAAUCUACCCACAGCAAUUCUGGACAUACUAUCCUUUAUUGGUGUAAGAGGGCCAAUCACUGAAGGCAUCUUCAGCACACCUGGCAAAAUAAGAGCAUUCCUAUCCCUAAAAGAAAGGCUGGAUUCCGGGACAGAAGUGAACUUGAACAACGAAAGUGUCCCUGUUGUGGCAUCUAUCUUAAAGGAGUUUCUAAAAAAUAUACCAGGAAGUGUGCUGACAUCUAGACUAUAUGAGGAAUGGCUUGGUGUCCUCGACCAAGUGUAUGAAGAGAAGAAAGUAGCUGCAGUGAAGAGUCUUUUAGAGCAACUACCCCAAGCAAAUAUCAUUCUUUUGAAACCACUUUUCGGGAUAUUAUAUAAAAUUGAGAGAAACUCUAGAUUCAACAGCAUGACAUCUUCUAAUUUAGCCAUUUGCAUAGCCCUGUGUAUUCUAUGCCUGCCUAGCUCUGGCAACUCAACAUUGGCAGAUAUCACCAAAAAGGUUUCUCUCGUCAAAUUCCUUAUUGAGAAUUAUCCAAAAAUAUUUGGAGAAAGCUCAUUUAUGAGAGCUCAUUAUGAGAGCUCAUUGCUUUGCUCUGAUGGGGAGAAGGCUUACAAUUCCCUGAAUACUCCAACCACCAACAGUGUUGAGACAGAGGAAGAAGAACAAGAAGACAACCCCUGUCCCAGUGGGAGGACAAGCCCCACAGGCAAUGAUGUAGUGCCCAGAAGUCCAACUGCUCCUCUCCACAGUAAGGGAACUAUAGGAACAUGUCAAAAUGUCUUUAAUAAAUCCAAUGAUUACAUGGGGCUCUGAUAUCAGCCAAGACAUAUGAGGAACACCCCACUGGAAAUUCUGAUAACCCACCAGCACCAAACAAGGAACUCCUCGUUGGAAAUUGACACCCAAUCACCAACAAGUGAGGAACAACUCAUUGUAAAUCCUGACACCCAUCACCACCCAUCAAGAGACACCUCUUUGGGAUGUCUCUCCUGAGUGUGUGUGAGGAUGGCAGUCUGCCUACUCCAGUACUGGAUAUGCUCUCUAUUAUUGAGGAAAAGGGACUACAUACGGAGAAGAUCUUCAGAACAAUGGCCAACAAAUCCUUCCAAACCCUUAAAGAAAAGCUUGAUGAUGGGGAGGAAGUCAACUUGACUGAAGAAUCUGUCCUUGUUGUUGCAUCUGUCUUAAAGCAGUGAGCAAUGGAACAACUUCUGAAUCCAGUACCAUCGAAGGUCAUAGUGUUCUACAGAACCAAAAACUGGAGGAUGAUGAUUGAGUCAGCAUCUGGAUCGGCCAAGCUAUCUUUCUGCCCAUGAUUUUCUUAGUAACUGGAGACAUGAGUCUCCAGAACUCCAUUGGGCUACAUCCUUCACUUUCUAUAUUAUUCCACUGAAAACUAGUUUUGGAAACCACUUACAACAUUUAACAGAAUUUGUUUGAAUCUUCUGGUUUUGUCCAGAAAUGAGAAUUCCUUUAAAUGAUAUUGAACGUGCCACCAUCAACCAAUAGAGAAACCCAAAGUGAUAUUUUUAGAGUAUGAAUUUGAGCCAUGAGUAAGAACUUCUCAGGUUCCAACUCAUUUUAUUUGAGGGUUUCCUUCUACCUCACACUUACCCAUAGUUUAGAAAACCUUAUUAUAUGACAUUCCUUCUGUUCUUCUAUUUUAUCAUAUUUGUUACAAAUAGUUUCACUUGCUAUAUUUUAUGCUGUAUGUUACAUAUUCUUUACUGUUAUAGUAAAUGUCAUCCAAUAACUUGA